AUGUGGAUAAAAUCAUGUAUUAAACCAUUUCUUAAACAAUCUUUAUUUAAUAAUAAAAACAUAAUAAUUGAUAAUAAUACAACGAACAAAUUAUUUACAUUUACUACAAUUAUUAAUAAUAAUAUUAGAUUUUUAUCAACUUUGAGAACAGAAUCAAUUAAUAAUGAUAAAUUUACUACUAGUAAUAAUGUUUUAAUUCCAGAAAAUAAUUACAUUAUUAGGCCAAGAGGUGUACGUUCAGCUCUCUCAACAAAGUAUGCUCAAAACCAAUUUAUUAUUGUUGAUAAAAUUAAAUUGAAAACACAUAAAACAAAAGAUCUUCUAUCAAUAUUGGAGAAGAAUGCCUGGGAUCCAUUUGGAAAAAACCAGACUGAAGGAAAUGAUGCUCAACAAAGGAUUAAUAGAGUAGAAGGUCAUUCCAUUUUAUUUUUAACCAGAGAACAUAAAAAGGAAUUAGACUUGGCUUCAAGAAAUUUACAAAAAGUUCAUGCCUUGACUGCCAACGAAAUUUUCGAAAUGGGCGAGGUUUAUAAUAUUUUAGGUCAUGAAGUAUUGAUAAUUGAAAAAGAUGCAAUUCAAGAUUUUGAAAAUUUGUUGAGACCUUUGUAA